GCAAGAAAAAAAACAGUAGUCUAACAGGAAAACGAAUAGGUCGAGCUACUGAUGAAGGCAUGCAAAUGCAAUUUAGUGACGGAAACUGACGUUUGAGAUCUUCAUGUGUUAGUGGGGGCUUGUGAGAUGGCAAUGUGUUUAAUUUUAGUUCGAGAUAGGUGGAAUCACCUAAGCGGUGUGUGAAAGAGGGAGAGAGAGGCGAGGGAACAAGAGGGGAGGGGGCGGGGGUGUAUGGACCUCACUGGUUACGGGACCUACAGGCACCCCGAUUGUGCUCUGCUCUCAUCAUUUUUGGAGGUGAGGACAAAAGAAAAAAGGGGAAAUCGGAAGAAAGGCCCGGGAUCUGAGUGUCGUGACGGGCCCCCCGACUUCGCCGCCGCUGGUCGGGGUUGUCUGGACUCAAAAGGGUGAGGGAAAAGCGGCGGAGCAGUCGACUCUAGACUGGGGUUUCCUGCCACAGCAGCGGGAUUGUCACAAAACAGCCUUUCAGUCUUCGAGGGGCCUUGUAUUGCUACGUUUUCAGAGUUGUGAAGGCUUCUGGUCAGCGGCUCCUGGAAAAUGAACUUAUCUGCACGGAAAUACUGAAGAGAAACAGAAAAGGGGAGCUUGAAUUGACUGAACUUGAAGUGGAAUAAAUGGAUUACCCUCCUUUGGAAAAUUGUUGCCAUGGAACUAGGUAGAAUUAAAUGAUGGUUGACAGAAAAAAACAAAGGUAAGAAACUACAUGCUGAAGAUACAGGAGAGCACCAAGAAGAACCUGAACACAGAGUCAAAGAAAGAACAAUUACUAAGUAGGGACCAAAGACUUCUACAGUCCGAAGGAAUGCAUGCCGUAGCAAAAAACUAAAAAAAGCAAACAGUAUUUGAAAGGGAAUGACCAAGAAAAAAACAUCUCAAAAAGUAUUACACUCUACAUCCAAGAGCCGAUGAGAAUAUCAAUGGAGUGUGUGCCUCUGGGAAUGUUUAGCGAGGGUCUGUAUUCAGACCUCUUGAUUCGAGUUACUGCAGCUUUGGUCUCUCACAGGUGUGAGUCUGGUCCCAGCAAACCUACGCAUGUUGACGAACUGAAGGAUUGCUGUGACAGAACACAGUCUCAAUGGUUUUAUUGAGGAUUUUUAUUUUAUUUUUUGCACAAGAGGCUUUUGGAUCACAACAUAAUUUAAUCCUAACAUAGCUCUGUUUGCUUGAGCGGAGUGUAUACAUGUAAAGACAUUUGAGGUUGAACAUCUCACAUAAGUGGUGCGUCAGUCGUCCAUGAUAUCAUUGCCUGCUCAGUGCCAAACCGCUUCAUGGAAAUGACUGCACACUUUUAGUCUUGUAUUUUUCGGCAGUACAAACCUGCUUCACUACAUAUCUAUCUGUUGUUUUUUUUUCUUUUUAAAAAAUUCCAUUUUUUAAGAGCCAGCUGUUUAAGUGAACCCUUUUUUAAAAAAAGUGAUAGCAACCAUACUAUCAUCCCAUUGAAGAAGUAAGAUUUUCACCAUUUGGCCUUUUCAUAUAUUUAUAAAAUCAUCAUCCGUUAAACCUCCCUUUCUGCUUUCUGCUACAAAAAAGUGAUUAUAACAUCUGCGAUAUAUAUUCCUCAGCUUGAACUCUUUGGUGGAUUUCAAAAGCAUUUCCUUGUUUUACUGCCAGGCCAUAGACUCUCUUUUUGUCAUUUAUGGUUACUGCCGUAAGCCUUCCAGUUUCUGAUCAGCAGCAUUCCCUGGUAUAGACACUGACAGAUAUUUCCGUUUUUAAUCCAAACUUGGAAAAACAAUGCAGAAUUUUUCUAACAGUCCAGCUCCCCCCUCUCUCCCCUCUCUCCCCCCGGGGUUCAGUGGGAGGGGUGGAGGAGGACCUCCGUAUCCCCCUCAGCCAGCAGAUCCCCAGAUCUCCCCAAGGAUGACAGAUGAUUACGCAGGGAUGCAACAGCAGAGCCUGCACAGAGGCCAUCACCACCCCACCCAAGCUAGCCACAUGCUUGCUUACAGUGCUAGAAACAGAGGAGCUGUGGAGCCACCGCCAACACAGGGUAACAUUCACAGUGGCAACACUACCAACCCUUACAGGAAGGACGUCAUGGAUUAUUAUUUUUCAAUGAGUGGAAAGGACAGACACAGAAGGGGGGGCAUGGGUUAUGGGGCAGGCUUUGGGUACCCUAAUAUUGAUGGACAUAUACCUCACCAGUACCGGCAUGCUGGAUCUGGCUCUGCACCAUCAUCUGGCCUGAUGUCACCAUAUCCAGUAGACUAUGGCUCCAGUGCUGGGUCAGGUGGAGGUGCUGCUGGUGCUGGAGCGUUCUCUCCUUCUCAUCAGUACAAUAUGAGUCAGAAUCCUGCAAUGCAGUCAGUGCCAGGUUCUCAAAUGCAGCACCGCCAGCAUGGGCAAACCUUCCCAGCUGUCCACCAUGGACAGCAGCAUAGGAGCUAUCCCCACUCUGGGCACAGAAUGACCCCUCAGUACCCACACUACUCCCCACAGGGUGGAGCAUCCACAGGGUCAUCAGGAAUGUACAGCCCCCCUCCGCAGAGAUAUCUCGACGGGGCUGCUGGCACUGGGUUCGAUCCCAAAGUCAACAGUUCUCCCAGUGUCAACUCCAGUUCAAACUCAGUCUCCAGUUCAGUUGCUGCUAACAAUGUGGGGCCAAUGGAGAAUGUUCAACAGAGUUACCAUGCUUCAAAUUAUCCUGGAUAUUCUCCACAGGCGCAUUCACUUCACAAGCAAGCCACACUACAGCACCGCAACUCACAGCACAAUUUAGGAGUAGGUUAUGACAACUCUCUCAAGAUGCAGCACCAGGGCCCGUCUCCAGGCUCUGUAUAUGCUAAACAUCACCAAGCCUCCAAUCCCAGUAUACCUCAAGCAGCAUCUCAAGAAAUAGCCAAAUCACCAAUGCAUCCCAAUGCUCAACAAACCCAAAUUAACCAAAACUUUAGCCCGAUAUCCAACCCCUCUCCAGCUGCGUCUGCAGUGCAUUCCCCCAGUUGUAGCUCCUCUCCUUCCCCUUUGAUGGGUGUCUCGGAGGCACAUGGAAACCCCUCAGGUCAUGGUCCUUCACAUCCUCCUACAUCAAACCCCCGUAGCAGCCAUGGUCAGGGUAGAUUACUGCAGACCAUGCCUCAGUUAAGUCCCACACCCAACUCAAAUAGCAGCAUCAGUAGUUGUGGUAGCAGUGGCAGUCAUAAAGCUCACAGCAUGAGUGCAGUUGGAGGGAGCAGUCUUCCUCCAACAGGCCGCAACAAAAUUGGGCUUGUCACAGGAAUUGGAUCUCGAGAGGAGGGCUCCUCUGUUUAUUCAUCUUCUCCGCUUGACAAAAUGCAGGACGCUGGCCUGAACAGUCUUAAUGCCUUGAGCUCACAAGUAGCCAAUUUACCAAACACAGUUCAGCACAUGCUCCUCACUGACACAGUGCUUUCACAGAAGAAGGGGAAAGAUGGGGGGCAGAUGCAACAAGCGACACAUGGCGUGCCCCCAACACAACCAAGGAGUCGAAAUGCAAGUGCAGCCUCAAGUACUAGCACGGUAAAGGAUGGGAGUGCGGUGGGGAUUGGUGAUGGUGCCAGCUUAGAUGCUGGUGCUGAUGAAGACUCCUUGUUGAUGUCAGUUGGAGGCUCAUCAGGGACCAAGGUGGAGCGUGAGGAGCAGUUUUCUGAGGGGGAACAUGGGAGGGUGAGGCAGAUGAGUGGCGCGAGCAGCGGAUCUGAACCAACUGGCUAUCACCCACCGUCUCAGAGUCAAACACAAACUGGACAAGCAUCAAAUGUUAAAACAGUCACCUCUGAUUCAUCGUCAAAAGAACCAGUUGCUUCUGAAACAAAAGCAAGUGAAGCUCAUGUUCCCUCUUCAUCAUCAUCUCCAUCCUUUGGAUGUCAGUCGUCAGAGACUGGCCCAACUUCACAUUCAACACCUCCAGUUUCCUCAUCCCCGUCAUCCACCUCCUCCAGUAUCCCUCCACCACAGCCAAAUUGUGUCUCAGAGCCUGGUGUAACUUAUAGUGACCAACGAGGUGGCCAUAGGAAGAUAACAGAAAUUAAAAAUGAAGUCAUCAAAAAUGAAAGUGAAGGUGCAGUUGAGAAAACAGAGAAAGGCAGUAGCCAAAUGCAACAAGAUGGAGAAAUCAAUACACAAAAUGGUCAGGACAAAGAAAAUAGGUUAUACACUGCAUCCAGAUUACACAAUAAUGAGAGGGAAGAAAAGCACACAUCUGAGGAACAGCAGAGUGCCAGUAGUGUUGGUGUGAUUGUUUCAGCUCGGUCUGAGGGAAGUCACACUGAAAAAAGCAAGCAUCCCCAAGACAACUGUAUAGAAGAGAAACAGUCGCACUCUUACUUAAGAGAGUCAAGCAGUCAUAAUGGGGAGGAAGGUGUAGAUCUGAGCCUGUAUUCCUCCCUUCACCAGAAAUCAAAUUUCGGACGGCCUCAAAAUCCUCCCCAGUCUGGACCACAUAAAUAUGGCCACCCAGAAUCAACAUAUGGCUCAGAUUUGUCAAUGAAGAGCAGAGGAAGGGCUGGCUCAGCGGGUGUAAUGGAGUCAAAUUCCAGAUACUUGGGGUACCAACAAUCGCAAACUGGCUUUGGCCCUGUGCAUCCAAAAGAUGCUGUUUCUGUAGCAGAGGCUUUGGUGAAGAGAGGACAAGGAACAGGAGCUAAAGGUCAUGAGGAUAAUUCACAAAUGCAGCAAUUUCCCAGCCUUUUACAAGAGGUUCUUCAAGGUUACAAUUUAGAUAGACGUUAUGGAAGACCAGAACAAGCAUUUCCGGCCCAUCUCCAAGUUCAACAACAGUUUCAAACCAGACACCCGUAUGUCAUGACUGAAAGUAUGAGGGUGCAAAGUGGAAUAACUGAGGCUUCAGCUCAUUCUGCCCAAAUGGGUAUCUCUGGAAAGCCCCCACAUCCAAACCAGAGGCCUGAUUUUACUACAGAUCCUCAGUCAUCAGUGAAGUCAGAAGUGCCAAGUACUAAGACCCUGCAAAAUGCUGACAAAACUGAAGUGGGUGUGACCCAGAGUCAUUUACCACAGGCUACAGAGUCUCAGCAGCCCCCACCAAAACACAUAAACUUAGCAGACUAUUCCCUACCACAGAGAAAAGCGUUAUCUAAUGUAUCCACUCCAUCCUCUGCUGUGCAGGAGCUCCUUUUGCAAGAGCCAGAGCCACUAUCAGGCAGCAUUGGUCAAACUGAGUCUCAAAAAUCAUCAGGCUGCAUAUUAGCCCCAUCAGAGCGGCGCUCUGUCAUCUGUGAUGUGUCGCCAAACCGACGCAGCACACCAGAGAGGGACAGGGAACGUGACAGAGAGAGAGAGCGGGAGAAAAGUCAGAGUGGAGCCUCUGUGAUUCAACAGCCAUUUUCCUCUCCAGCAGCAGCCAAUGAUCUGAGUAAAAGGGAUACUGGAGAGAAACAAGUGGUGAAAAUGGAAACAGCAUCAAAAGAGGCUGGCCCAGACGCUGCAAAUUUACAAACUGAUCAUCACGGCAGUGGUGGAGCUAAUGAGGCUGAUAUGGAGUAUCAUUCCAAGUCUGUUCACCCAGUUGUAAUGAAUGCUGACCCCUAUAGGCGAGGUAAUGUUGAAAUUACACCCUUGCCAUCCCAUCCUAUGAGCACUAAUCCUUUAUCUUCACCUUCAAGGCAUCAGUCCUAUCUUCAUGGUGUUGAUUUAUCAACUGGCGGUGGCAGCAGUUUUCCUGGAUAUCGAUAUGGAGAUACAAGAGAAAGCAGCAUGAUGCCUCGCAGUAACCCCCAUUUUCCAUCCCAUCAUCCAUACCACAGUUUAUCCCCCCAGACUCAAUCCACAAAUAAGCUUCAAAUGUAUCCUCACCCUCGUGGCCCCCCUCAUCACCCCCAUGACAUGACUGACUGGGUAAAAGCAAUGAACAGGCCAGCAAAGGAGAUGAUGAUGCAGCCUGGUUCUUCUCCAGGAAGACAUAAGGUCAGCCAAUCAGAACAGAGACAGAGGAUGAUCCCCCAAACUGACAUGCCCGGUGAGCCACACGCAACCAAAACUUCACUCCAUCAUCAAAGCACAUACUUUGAUUUGAAAAUGUGGGAGUCAACACACUCUGGACGAGACAGCGCUAGAAUGAUAGAAGGAGAGCCCUACUACAGAACACAACCACCUCCCCCUCCUCCUCCUCCCCCUCCUCCUGUUCCUGUAGCUUCACACGGCCCUGUUCCUCCACAGAUGACUCAUGGCCAGAAUGCUGGUGAACCUGAGGUCUUCAGAGGAGCCACAGAGGAAGCCAAACAUCCCGUCCCACCCCCUCCAUCCAGCUCCACUAAGUCCUCUGCUGACAUGAACUCCACUCAGCCACAGGUGCAGCGCCAGACUAAAGCUGGGGGUUCUGGAGACACAAAUCCACUAAUAUUGCGAAGGAGAGUUCGUUCUUUUAUCUCUCCUAUUCCCGCCAAAAGGCAACUCCAGGAUGCGGCUCAGCAGAGGGCUGCCACAAAUUCACAUCACUCCCCUGGGGCUCAGUCUGAGUCUAGCCAUCACAAUGAAGAUGACUCAUCCAGUUCAGAUAUCCCAUGUCCCAGGCUCUCUUCCCCUCUGCUCGGAGAGAAUACCUAUUCACAACCGCUAUCUCCAUCCAGUGGUACCACCAAGGUUUUGCCUCCCAGGAAAGGACGGGGUUUGAAACUGGAGGCAAUAGUGCAGAAAAUCACCCCAAAUAUUAAAAAGCCAGCAGGCCAUGCUGAUGAUGAGUCAAAUCAUUACCCAGGCUUCUCUCACUCAGAAAUACCACCGUUUAAUGAUUCACAGGACCAAGACUUAGCACAUUUCCCUAGGGUCACAGGAGGGGAUGAUAGUUACAUGGAUGAAAGUCACUCAUUAAACGACAUGAUUCCGUUCAGAGUAGUUGAUGAGACUGGGCCUCUACCUCCGUCUGCCUACCCAUGUGAUCCUCACCAGACAUCCCAAGCCCUAAAACAACAAGACUUUGACUUUGGAUUGGGAGCCGCUGUGGCAUCAGCAUCCGGUGACAAGGAGGAUUUCGCUUUGCUUGGACCUUUACCCCCUCCUCCACCCCUUCCUCGCCCAGUCCAGGGUUCCCCACCUCCAUCUUCAUCUGCCCUGUCAGACAUUCAGCAUUUCACCAACACUUACCAGCAACUUGAGACAAGAAGAGGAGAGCAGUCAGCUGCUAAUCUUCUUCGACAGAAACUUCAAGAAUCUGGCAUUGGAUUUGAUGAUUAUCCUGGCAGUGACUACUAUGGAACCACUCCACCCCACCAUAGCCAGGCUCAAGGACACAUGCUGAAUAGACAACAUCAGAUGUCCUCUGGUAGGUCCAGUCUGUCGCCACAGGAUUCUAAGCCACCAGAGAGUGUCGUGCCUAAAGGCUAUUUCCCAUCUGGAAAGAAGAAGGGCAGGCCUGUAGGGAGCGUGAACAAACAAAAACGGGCCCAGAACCCAGCCCAAACACAGGCACAGGGCCAGCCUCAAGCCCAGGCACAGAGCACAACUCUGAGUGCUCCUCCAGCCCCACCCACUCCAACUACAGCUGCUGCCACAACUCUGCCGACAGUGCAGACUACCAGCAGCCCACCAGAGACUGUAGCACCGCCUCUGCCAGACGAUAAAGUCACUCCCCCGCUGGCCCCACCCAUUUUAACCCAGGUAGUGAAAGUGGAUAUUGAGAGUGAGGACACACAGCCGGAAAUUGAGGUCAAACCCGUGCGAAGAAGACGCAGAGGUGUGAAAGAUGAAGAUGAGCCACUCGAAGCAAGGGGACGACAGAGGAGGAGAAGGAGAGGAGCAGCAGCAACGUCACCAUCGGUGGCCAAAGAUGACCCAGAUAUACCUUUGGGGGCAGGAGGGAGCCUCGGCACAAAUAGAGUAUUUGUGGAUCCAAACCGAAAGGGCCCGUUUGUUCCACACAUACAUGUGGAGAACAAAAUACCAGAGAUUGGGGCAGUGUGCACCAUUGUAAAUGCUGAGGAGGACAAGAUGAAAGGAGAGCGUAGUGCAGUUGGAGGGAAAGCAAGCGGGAGUGGAAUUGAUUCUCUCCUGACCUCAGCUCUUUCUUCCCAGUUAUCUAGAAGAGAGAGAGAAUCAGAGAAAAGGGAGUCAGACGAGGUGGAAACUACACUUCAGUCGGGAAAAGCACUUCCUUCAUCUGGCUAUGUUGUUGCAGGGCCCGUGAUUACAGAGACCAAUCACUCUGGCCGCCUGCUUUGCUGCCUGUGUCAGAAAUGGGCAAAUUACAAACACCUUGGAGAUCUCUAUGGGCCUUUCUAUCCAGCUGAAUACGCUGCAAAGCUCCCCAAAAACCAGCCCCAGAUCAGACAGUGUCAAGCAACCACAGGCACAAACAAAACCGGACCAAAUUCAGACGUAAGCUCAAAUGCUUUGAGCACUACCCAAGACACACAAACACAAGAUGCUGAAUUCACCAAGCCCUCAGCUGAGAGCGACUAUGCCAUCAGUCUAGAUUCAAACCCAACAUCUCUUACCACUACAGUCAGAACUGCCUCCAUAGCUGGUAGAGAGGAAGUGACGAUGCACGUGGCUGACAAGCUCAGUAACACUGCCUCCUCCUCCUCCUCCCCCACCACCAGUAAAACAACAUCUCUAACCUGGGACAUGAAUCUAGAUAUCCGACCCAUCCCUGAGCUUAAGAGAGAGCCAGACCUUGAGAUCGACAGGCAGCAGGCGCAAAAACAGCCUCAGCCGCCACCAGAGGAAGCUCUACAACGACCCCCACACAGAAAGCUGACCUCGCAUCCACGCUUUAAAAGGAGGCACAAAUCUAGCGAGGAUUCCCCCAGAAUGGUGCCAUCCAACAGCAAGGCCUCCCUGCCCUUCCAGCCCCCUCCGCCGGCCUUGGACUCCCUGGGACCUUUGGCACAACUCGCCCAGCUGCCUCAGAUGCCCAUGGACCCAGAGGAGCUGUGGGUCCACGAAGGAUGUAUAGUGUGGACCAGUGGAGUGUACCUUGUCAAUGGGAGACUGUAUGGCCUGCAGGAGGCACUAGAUGGCGCCAGAGAAACAAGCUGCUCAUACUGUGAGAUGGUUGGCUCAACCCUGGGCUGCUACAGUAAAGGCUGUACACUUCGCUACCACUACCUGUGUGCUAUUGAAGCAGAUUGCUCUUUGAACGAAGAUAACUACUCCCUGCGGUGUCCGAAGCACAAGGUAAAGAAGGAGAGUUUACCCAGAGCAUCCGGCCAGCCAAGUCAGUUUACCUGGAGCAGUCAGAGAGAGGCUGAGAGAAAUGGAGAAGAAGAAGAUACGCAGGAGUCUGGAGGCUGUUAGUUUGGACAAUAGAAGAAGACUGGUUUGUGAAGCAGCCCCAAAUGUGAAAGGACAGGACUGGCAUCUGUGACAGAGAACAACAAAAGGGAAUGUACAAUUUCUCCACAGGAAUCAGCAUUAUUUACAUUUAAAACAAUGGAGAAAAGAAACUUUUUUUGUAAGAGAAAUAUUGCUCUUUACUUAAAAGCAGAAAAAGAAAAAAACAUGGACAUGCAACAUAGAGGAAUGGAGCUACCAGUAAAAAAAAACUACAAAAAAACAAAAACAAAGAUUGAAGCUGAAUAAAAUGAGACGUCAAGACUGAUGGAGGAGCUAAAGGAGCUUUUCUGUAAAGAACAAAAGAAACAAACUUCCUCUCUAGGCUUACUUUGAUUUUCCUCACACAACCUCAAAGUGUUAAACUCUUGUUUAUCAUCAGUUACCUUUUUUUUCCUGGUUUUCUUUUGAUUGCUUUGGAGAGGCGUAUUGGGAGCAAGUUGGGUGUCAAACCCAGUAAAGAAAAGGAGAGAAUAUUGUAUCCUCUCACAAGUAGUAUCUUAUCUUAUAUUAGGAUGAUCACAAUUAUUAUUUUAGUCCUCAUUAUUAUUUUGUAUCCUCAUUAUUUACUCAUGAAAAUGAAAUGGAUGUAUCUCACUUUAUAUUCAGUCAACACAUGAAUUGGAUUUUUUAUUUUAUUUUUUUUUCAUUCCUGGAGAGGGAGGAGCCAGAGUGAUGUCUGGAAUGUCAGGGUUGAGUUUGCCACAAAGACAUUAUUGCCUUGGAGAACGGACAUCUGUUGCCUUUCAAAAGUCACGUGUAUGAAUGUGAAGUGAGUGUGUGUGUGUGAGAAACUGAAAAAUGCCGAUAUCUGGGUCUUUGAUUCCAUUUUGGUCCUUUUGAAAAGUGUUCUUAUUUUUCAUCACUGGGGUUUUUACGGUACAGAUAGUAUUCAUGAAAAAUCCGAUGGACGCAGUCUUAUUUUUCAACUACAAAAUGUUCGUAAUGUGCAAAGAGAAGGACAGAGCGAGAGGAGGAGAUAACACUAUGAACCAAUGCGUGUCUGCCAUCUUUAACCGCUCUGAUUGGGGAAAAGAUGAUGGACAGGACACUGAAGCGUUUUCAUUGGUGUGGAACUGUGUACUGGGUGCACAAGUGCGUAUGUUCUACAUAGGAAGCCCUGUUUUGACUGACAGGUGUCAGUCCCUCGGAUGGUGAUGGAACAUUUUUGGAGCUGAGAACUUUGGAGAGGGUGUCAUAUGAAGGCUGUGAUGGGCCAAUAGUGCUGGCGAACGGGGAGUAAGCCUUACCAAGUAUUUUUGAAUGGUUUCAUUUUUCAGUGAUACAGCAGCGAUUUGAUCGGAAGAUGCAAAACCCAUUCAAAAGAAGCAUUGCCAUAAAAUUUAAAAGUGAGUCGUACAUGGUGUUGUCUUUAUCAUUUUUUAUUGUUAUUCUUGUAAAAAAAAAAAAGUCAAGCUGAGAAGAAGACAGUUACACUAUCAAAACCAUGCUGUAUUAGAAACCUGUCAAUAUGUAUAUGAAUUAUGAAUACACUUUAAAAAUGCUUCAA